AUGGGUUUUGGAUCAGCUUCAAGAGUGCAUCAUUAUUUUGCUCCCAACCAACAGCGAAGUUGUACAAUGGUGGAUGGAGUGAUGAUUCUUCCUGUGCUCAUGAUGAUUGCGUUCCCUUCCCCUAGUAUGGAAGACGAGAAGCCCAAGGUAAACCCCAGACUUUACAUGUGUGUGUGUGAAGGCCUCUCCUGUGGGAACGAGGACCACUGUGAAGGCCAGCAGUGCUUUUCGUCGCUGAGCAUAAAUGAUGGCUUCCACGUCUACCAGAAAGGCUGCUUCCAGGUCUACGAGCAGGGGAAGAUGACCUGUAAGACCCCGCCGUCACCUGGCCAGGCUGUGGAGUGCUGCCAAGGGGACUGGUGUAACAGGAACAUCACGGCCCAGCUGCCUACUAAAGGGAAAUCUUUUCCUGGAACACAGAAUUUCCACUUGGAGGUUGGCCUCAUCAUUUUGUCUGUAGUGUUCGCAGUAUGCCUUCUAGCCUGCCUAUUGGGAGUUGCUCUCCGAAAAUUUAAAAGGCGCAAUCAAGAACGCCUCAACCCCAGAGAUGUUGAAUAUGGCACCAUUGAAGGGCUCAUCACCACCAACGUUGGAGACAGCACUUUAGCAGAUUUAUUGGAUCAUUCGUGUACAUCGGGAAGCGGCUCUGGUCUUCCUUUUCUGGUACAGAGAACAGUGGCCCGUCAGAUUACACUGCUGGAGUGUGUUGGGAAGGGCAGGUAUGGUGAGGUGUGGAGGGGCAGUUGGCAAGGGGAAAAUGUCGCUGUGAAGAUCUUUUCCUCCCGGGAUGAGAAGUCGUGGUUUAGGGAAACAGAAUUGUACAACACUGUGAUGCUGAGGCAUGAAAAUAUCUUAGGCUUCAUUGCUUCGGACAUGACAUCAAGACACUCCAGCACGCAGCUGUGGUUGAUCACACAUUACCAUGAGAUGGGGUCGUUGUACGACUACCUUCAGCUCACUACUCUGGAUACCGUGAGCUGCCUGAGGACAGUGCUGUCCAUAGCAAGCGGUCUCGCACAUUUGCACAUAGAGAUCUUUGGGACCCAAGGGAAACCAGCCAUUGCUCACCGAGACUUAAAAAGCAAAAACAUCCUGGUUAAGAAGAACGGACAGUGUUGCAUAGCAGAUUUGGGCCUGGCAGUCAUGCAUUCCCAGAGCACCAAUCAGCUCGAUGUGGGGAACAACCCCCGUGUGGGCACCAAACGCUACAUGGCCCCUGAAGUUCUCGAUGAAACUAUCCAGGUGGAUUGUUUUGACUCUUACAAGAGAGUCGAUAUUUGGGCCUUUGGACUUGUCUUGUGGGAGGUGGCCAGGCGGAUGGUGAGCAAUGGUAUUGUGGAGGAUUACAAGCCACCAUUCUAUGAUGUGGUUCCCAACGACCCAAGUUUUGAAGAUAUGAGGAAGGUAGUCUGUGUGGAUCAACAGAGGCCUAACAUACCCAACAGAUGGUUCUCAGACCCGACAUUAACCUCCCUGGCCAAGCUGAUGAAAGAAUGCUGGUAUCAAAAUCCAUCUGCCAGACUCACAGCCCUGCGUAUCAAAAAGACUUUGACCAAAAUCGAUAAUUCCCUAGACAAAUUGAAAACUGACUGUUGA